AUGGCAAUGGAAGAGGAAGACAAGGUGAAAGUACUCGACGAGGAGGAGAUCUCCAUCCUGAAGGCUUACAACCGUGGCCCAUAUGCCGAAACAAUCAAGAAGCUUGAAAAGGACGUUUCCGAUUUGGCUAACGAAAUCCACUCGCUGGUCGGUAUCCAGGAAAGUGACACCGGACUUGCUCCAGUUUCCCAGUGGGACUUGAACGGCGACAAAAGAUUGAUGGAGGAACAACCCCUCUUGGUUUCUCGUUGUGUGAAGGCAAUGCCAGAAGCGCGGGAGCCAAGAUACGUCAUCUCCAUCAAGGAGUAUGCCAGAUUCGUUGCUGGGAAGUCGGCAAAAGUUGACAAAGACAGUAUUCAAGACGGAACCAGAAUUGGCGUCGAUAGAGGAAGGUACGAAAUCAAGAUGGCUCUCCCGCCAAAGAUCGACCCGUCUGUCUCUGUCAUGCAGGUUGAAGAGAAACCCGAUGUCACUUACAAGGACAUUGGUGGAUGCAAAGAGCAGAUCGAGAGAAUCAGAGAAGUUGUUGAAUUACCUAUGCUACACCCAGAAGCGUUUGAGAAUUUGGGAAUCGAUCCACCAAAGGGUGUGUUGCUUUAUGGCCCACCAGGAACUGGUAAAACAUUGUUGGCAAGAGCUGUUGCAAACCGAACAGAGUCUACCUUUGUAAGAGUCAUUGGAUCGGAGUUGGUUCAGAAGUACGUUGGAGAAGGAGCCAAGAUGGUGAGAGAUUUGUUCGAUAUGGCUAAAAGCAAAAAGAGUUGCAUCAUUUUCUUCGAUGAAAUUGACGCGGUCGGAGGAACAAGAUUCCAAGACGACACUGGAGAAAGUGAGGUUCAGAGGACCAUGCUUGAGUUGAUUAAUCAAUUGGAUGGUUUUGAUAAGAGAGGUAAUAUCAAGGUAUUGAUGGCGACUAACAGACCAGAUACCCUUGAUCCAGCACUUGUAAGACCCGGAAGACUUGAUAGAAAGAUUGAAUUUGGGCUUCCAGACAUUGACGGAAGAUCCGAGAUUUUCAAGAUUCACACAAAGCCGAUGAGUGUCGCGAAGGACAUCAGAUACGACUUACUUGCCCGUCUUACUCCCAACGCGACAGGUGCCGACAUUCAGUCGGUCUGCACUGAAGCAGGUAUGUUUGCCAUCAGAGCGCGCCGUAAGGUGAUCACUGAACGAGAUUUCUUAGACGCGAUCGACAAGGUCAUCAAGGGAUAUCAAAAGUUCUCUGCCACACCAAAGUAUUUGGCAUACAAUUAA